GCUGCUAACCCCGCCUCAAUCGGCACUGGUUCGUUUGUAGCACGUGGUAUUGGCUGCCGCAGUCCCAGUGUUAUUGGGAAAAAUGGCGGCGCGGUGGGGUGUAGAUAGAGAACCGUUCAUCGGUUAUGAUGAGGAUUUGUUUGCCAGCGGCAGCAUGGAUCAGCAGUGUGGCCCCCUAACAGAAGAUGUCUGCGCCAGCCUUCCCGAUCUUGAUUUCAUGCCACUGGACGCUGGAGGCUUUGGCUCAGUGGGUGGACUGCUUGGAUCAUUGCACGGUUGUAUUGAUUCAUCUAUUAUAUCAAUCAUUGAAGACUCCAGCAGUCUGGCUGAGUGUAAAGAUCACUUGGAAGAAGAAACCGAAGUAACAUUACUGACGGCUUUAACAGAGAUCUUGGAUAAUGUUGAUGAUGAAAAUCUCUCGCCUUUUGAUGCACUUCCAGAAUCUGAUUUUUUAGGGUCUUCUAAAGACAAAGAUGGCUCCUCGUUAAGAAAACUAUUGUGUUUGUCUCGGACUCCUCCAGAACGCGAGAUCCCACUUGUAGACCAUCAUGUGGCUUUUAGGACAUGUGCAAGUACAAAGGUUGAAGCCCCAUCCACUGGAAGAUUGAGCAACAGUUUCUCAUGCUCAUUUGAUCGAGCAGUAACAAGGAGACAAAGCUGUGCCAGAGCUUCAAGGAAAAUUCCUGUACUUCAGGUUAUGGAAAUGCCCACCCAGCAGCGCAGUGAUGGAGAGGAAGAGGAAGUUUGUAGCCUUGAACUAAACUCCAGUUCAGAGACUGAAGACAUUGAAUCAGACACUUCUGCGGACUGUGGACAGGCAGCUAGAGGUGAUGAGAUGCCAGCACAAUGUUUACCGUACAUUAUCAUAAACAAAGAAAGAAUUGCUCUGAAUGAAUUGGUUCGAUAUAUUCAUUCCUAUAGUUUGCCUCCUUUGUCUGUGAAGGAGGAUUCUGUUAAAAAGCAAUUUGAACUGACUGGUCCCCUUGUGCAUAAAGUGGAACAUGUACAGGAAGAAGAACAUAAGGUUCCAGAAUGCAACAGCGGUCCUUUGCUUAACCUAAAACAUGUGUCUAGCAUAGAUGCAGUUAACCUGAGCUCUGAUCACAAAAAAAAUGAAAUUAAUUUGGUGCCUACAUCAUUACAGACUACUACCAGUCCUGAAAAGGUCUUUGAAAGGGAAAGUGGAAAUGGUGGCGUCAUUGGAUUGCCUUUAAAGAAAGACUGUGUAUUCCAAAACAGUGGGGAAAUAACUAAACUGAAAAGUCUUGGGAGUUCACAAAGCAGUACAGAGUUGCUCUCAAAUCCACGGACAGCAACUUUGUCAGAGCAAUACCUGCAGGUCAUGCAGUCAAAAGGAGAUGAUGCUUCUAGUAAAAUUGUUGCUGUUUCUGCUUCCUUGCAGGGUGAAUCCCUGCACUCCUCUGAAGGGCAACAAACAGAGAAUGCAAAGCCUUCAGUGGAGUGUGUAAAUAGUGGCAGUUUGUUCAGACCUGAUAAUGUGCACUCUGCAGAAGAGAAUAAAAAUGAAACUGUCAAGGCGAAGCAAGCAUCAGAAAGACGGCCACAAGAAAAUAUACCUACUGAAUAUGAUAAAAGUAGAAAAAAACAGAAGACAAAAGAGCCAGUGAUUGUUGAUAAGCAGGUGGAUGAAAUUUGCUUUGCACAGCCUGAUUGUGGCAUUGAGUCUCUAAGUCCUCCAAACAGGAAUAGUACCAAGGGAUUUCUCCAAGAAGAGGAAUGUUCAGGGUCACUCUCUGUAGCAAACCAGGCAAGCUCAAAUAAUCGAACACUUAAGUCAAGUUUUCUCAAACAUAUAGAAAAAACAGAAAGCAAGAAUAUGGAAGAGAAGGAAUGCAGACCUAGAAAAGAACUGGAAGACGAGGUGGGUACUAUGAAAAGUGGUGGCUCUACCGUGAGUAAAUUUGUGUAUGAAACGCAUAAGCAUACUGAAGGUACAGCAGUAGAACGAGUAACACCGGAGUGUAGAAGUGAUAUUUCAUCUUAUGGUAUACAGGGGUGUGCUACACAGAAAUAUGAUCCAGUAGAGGAAAAACGAAACAAAAGCGCCACAUCUGAGAUGAAGCACACAAAUGAAGGUAAUGAUUUGUCUCCAAAAUCUGUGUGUCCUCAGGUAACCAGUAAUACAGUGAGCUGUAGUUUAAGUGAAGUUCUUUCUGGACCUUUGACAAGUGAUGCAGCACAAUACCUAACCUGCAAGACAACAUCUGCAGUAGAGGUCUCUACUUUUCCAAAAGAGAUUAAGCCGAAAAUGUUAAGCCUUGAACAGUACAGACAACGAAUGCAGCAGAGAAAGCCUGCUGAUGAUGAUAGCAAGAAAGACUGUACCUCUCGGAAGUCAAAGUGGCCUGUAAUUCCAGAGUUGCCAGAUGGCUUAGCAGAAAUUCCUUGCCUAACUGUCCCAAGAAGCAAUGCAAAAAUUGUUCCAACAAAAGUAGUGCAAACUAAAGAUGUGCACAAGUCGCAAAAAUGCUCCGCUGUACCAGAAGAUGGACCCAAGGGUUUAAGGACUGAAGACAAAAGAGGAUCACAGAAGUGUGCAUCCUUAAUAGUCAGCUGUCCAACUACAAUUACAACUAAGCAGGUAAGGCCUGAGGACAAAAAGGGGUCACAGAAGUGUCCAUCUGUAACGGAAAGUGGUGCAGGUCCAACUAAACAGAUAAAAGCUGAUGACAGAAAUGGGUCACCAAAAUGUUUGUCUGUGCCAGAAUGUGGCAUUGUUUCAGCCAAGCAGAUAGGAGCUAAUGAUAAAAUUGGGUCCCAAAAACCAUAUCUGAUAGAUAUGUCUGCACACACAUUUGAACCCGGUGCUGUUCCUUCCUUUGAAACUGGAGUAAGUAGUGCCCAGAUUGUUGCAAAUAUGUUCUGUCAAGUUCCACAAAAACAGUCUAGUGACCUAUUUCAUCAGCCUCCUGAUUCCCACAGCUCAACACCUAUAUCAACUAAUCCAGUACCCUGUGUUCCGAGCAUUCAUCAGAGUGUCCAUUUCCCUGGGCAAGGUGCUCCUGUCCAUCCUGUUGGGUAUGCUUAUCCUUCAUCUGGUACACCUACAGCAGCCUCUUAUUUGACAGCACCUCAAAGUGCACCUCCUUGCAAUGUUCCACCACCUGUUUGGCCUGGCAUUCCACCUCCUGGUUACCAAGGUUUACCUCCACCUACAGUGAAUGCAAAUGCCUAUCCUUACAGUUCAUACCAGUCUACUUCUGUUGCACCUUUGCAAACGCCUUCGUGGCCCUCUGGUGGUCCUAUGAUUUAUGACCCUGGUUUGGGUACAGCUGUUCCCCAGACAGGACAUGCACCAUACACACAACCAUUCUGGCCUAGUGUUCCUAUGCCCUCACAAAAUCCAGUAGACUUUUUCAUGCCCUCUCCACAGAGCAACUUAGUACAGAAAGCAGCUAUCCCUUUUCUAAGUGGACGAGGCCAAAGUUUUGUAAACCCUACUACUGUCUUGGACAGUAAACCUCUGCAUUCUUGCUGGUCUGACAGUGGUGUUAUCGCUCCUGGCAUCUCUACACAGGAACAGGUAUCCAUCCAAAAGAUGCCAGAAAGCACUUCAGUGCUGAAUAAGUCUGUCUCUACUGAAAAGAGAGAGUUGGAGCAGGUUGUUCAGGUUAGAAACCAUGAGUGUUCUACAGAAGUUAAUAACCAGCAUGAACCUAAAGUUUCAUAUUCCUGGAAACACUUUGCCUUUGAUAAGACCAUUGAAACUAAGUCCGGUAUCAAGAAUGAACCAGAAGUCAAGGUGCUGGCUGCUCAAGAAACUGCCUGUGAAGUUCAGGCAGAAAUCCCAACUGUAUCAACAGAAGCUAAAUUGGAUGUUCUGUGCAAGUCAAAAGUGUCUGUGUCAGGUGUUGAGACUAAAACGUUGGAUUCCGUAAAUACUGCUGCUUCCCUGGUUGAAGUGCUGGAAUUUGAAUCUCCUACCAGUAAGCAUCAAAAUACAGAUACUGCAUUUCCCAUUGGGAAUAUAUCAAAUGACCCUUCUGAAUUGGCUACCAGGAAUACCCCAGAAUUGAGAGAUCAUUUGGGAAAAAGCUGCAGUUUGUCAGAGAACCAAGCUGCUCUGACUCAGAAAAUUUCUUCUCAUUCUUUGAUCUCUGAGAAUGUAACUGAUGACCUCAAGUGCCUUGAAGUAAAACUGAAUGAUGAUGCAAAGCAAAGUAGUGCAUUUGUUGCUGUUUCUAAAAUGGAAAAAGGUUUGCUUCUGGAAGGUAAAUCUCUUCCAGGAAAUGUUUCAGGCUCUGUCUCUUCUGGUUCAUCAGAUAGACGUGUGACACUUGUUUUGGACCAGCAUACUUUAAAGAUGUGUCAAACGGUGGAAACUGGUGCCUUAUCUUUGAAACUGCCUAGUCAUGUCCAGCAAGAUCAGACCCAGUUUUCCCCAGAAAAGUGCAAGUCUGUUCGGUCUAGUAAAGCUUACAAGGCAGCAAAUAGAGGCCAAUCCAGUGCAGUAAGAAAAAUGAAUCUUGUUAAAACUCCUGCAGUUGUUCAUGGAGGUAUUGAAGCCACUGAUGUGACUAGCUUAUUGGAGCAGUUUGAGGAGUCUCAAGCUGAAGAACAGAAGCAAGCUCCAAAUCCCGACAGACUUGCUGUAGAAAACUCUGGGUUGGAAGUACAGUCAGAGAAGAAACAUUUGGAUAGAGUGUUGGGUCCAGAGCUUGCCAGCACCGCAGGUUUGACCCCUCCAGCAACUCCUCCUCAUCAGGCUUGGAAGCCCUUGGUUCCAGUCUCCCUCCUUGGAAAGCAGAUGUCCCCCAGCAGAGUUCCGCAAGAAGAAAUGGAAGCCUGUGUCUCCAAGUCCAUCAAAGUUGAGUCCCGGACAUUUGUGCAGGCCACAGAUUUGAAAAGUGCCUCAUCUCCUGAUCUGUCAUUAAAGAACACUGGAUGUCUAGAUGUGCAGGUGGGAUUUGGAGACCAUGACUAUUGUUUACGCAGUAAUCCUAAGGAAGCUACUUCUCAGAGCAGUUCUUUGAGCACAGUAGUCCAAGUGUUGCCUUGGCCUCGACAAUCCCCUCCAGACAAAGGAUCACGCUGGAAUGUUAAACAUUGCCAGGUCAUCACCAUCAAGCCAAUUGGGACUGUUGAUGGCCACACACACAGUGUAAUAGGUGGACAGCAAAGUGCUGAAAGACUGUCUGCUUUUGAUGCUGGCAAACAAAGUACUGAAGUCAUCCCCCAGGCAGAUGGUUGUGUUAGGAAUACAUGCAAAGAUUCCCUGGAUUACAGGACUAGAGAAAGAAACUGUUUUGAUACAUUAGGGGACACUGAUAAUUCUGUCACAUGUUCUGAUAUAUCCUCGUGCAGAAAAGACCCUGAAACAAGUAGAAACCAGAAAAGAUGUACUCCUCCUUCAAAGAGAGCUAUGCGUUGUUACAGGCGACAAAGAACACCAAGCCCUGAGGAGUCCUACAGAAAAAGUCGAAAAUCACGCAGUCCACGCCGUAGACGCAGAACAAGUUCUCACAGUUCUGACUCCUCUCACUCUAGUACAUCAUCUAGUUCAGAAAGGAGCUCAUGUUCUCGAUCUCCACCUGCAAAGAGAAGGAGAAGGCAAAAAAGGUAUCGGUCCAGAAGUUCCGAAUACAGUUCCAGAUCCUUUUCGAGGUCAAGUUCUAGAUCUCGUUCCAGCUUGUCUAGAGAAUCCUAUUCCAGAUCCCGAUCUAGGUCCUGGAGUUUAUCUCGCUCACGUUCGCCAUCUCCAUACAGAAGUAGAGGCAGGAGGCGAGAUUAUAGAAGGUAUGAUGACUAUGGGUCUUGGGACGGCAGCUGCCAGAGGAGCAGAAUACAGCAAAAACAACGUGCAAUAGAAGAGCGAAGAGUCAUAUACAUCGGUAAAAUCCACAAUGGUAUGACUAGAGCUGAGCUGAAAGAACGUUUCUCAGUUUUUGGAGAAAUUGAAGAAUGUACUCUCCAUUUUCGAGAAGAGAGUGAUAACUAUGGAUUUGUGACAUACUUCAACACUAAGGAUGCAUUCAAGGCAAUUGAAAAUGGGCACAAACUUCGUCUGCCUAAUGAACUUGGCUUUGACCUGUGUUUUGGUGGUAGAAGGCAGUUCUGCAAAUCAACUUAUGCAGACCUGGACCGUAAUAGAGAUGAUUUCGAUCCAGUACCCGUUAGAAGCAAAUUUGAUAGCCUUGAUUUUGAUACUUUAUUAAGACAAGCCCAGAGGAGUAUUCGGAGGUAACACAUGGUAGCAGGAAAGGCAUAAAUAUCCAAAGAGAAACAGGAGACUGGCCCUCCUGCUCUUUUUUUUUUGUUUUGUUUUUUGUUUUUUCUUUUGUUUUGUUUUUGUUUUUACUCUGAAGCUGCUGCUGUAAGAUGAAAUCCUAUGGCAAUUUUGUAGGAAAUUUCAAAUGAACUGUAACAAGACAUAUAUAAAUCUUUAAAAAAUAUAUUUAAAGUAUAUGAUGCCUCAAAAGAAGAAAGUCGCAUUGGAUAAAAUCACGUUUUCUGCAGUUCAGAAAUGGAAAAAAAAGGGGAAAAAUUGAAUAAAGAUCAUUAAAUAAUGGUG